CUUUUAUUUAGCAUGCGAUUAAUCAUGAUUAAUCUUUGUCCAGCACUAAUUUAUUUCGUUCAUUUAUUUUUUCUUUGACUUAGUCCCUUUAUUCAUCAGGGGUUGCCACAGGGGAAUGAACCACCAACUUAUCCAGCACAUGUUUUACACAGCGGAUGCACUAUAGGUGAAUUGAUGAACAAAAUUGACUAGUGUAUGUGGGUGAAUAAGUGUGUAUGGGUGUUUCCCAUUGUUGGGUUGCGGCUGGAAGGGUAUCCGCUGCGUAAAACAUAUGCUGAAAUAGUUGGCGGUUCAUUCCGUUGUGGCUACCUCUGAUAAAUAAGGGACUAAGCCGAAAGGAAAUUAAUGUGUAGCACAAUGAAGAGAGGUUUGAAAAUUAAACAAAGUUUAUAAUAAAACCAGCAUCUUUAAAAGGCCAAUCCUAAACAUAGAAACCCAAAAUCACACGUUAACAUGAGGAAAAGGUUUUAAAAUAUUAUGAGCUCUGACAGCUUGAUGAUUUUCACAUGAAGUUAAAUGAGAUGCAUUUGUUCUGAAGCCCCGCCUCGUUUAGCCCACGCCCACUUCUCGUUAGCCCCGCCUCUCAGCUGCUGCAGUAUAAAUAGAGUGGAGUGGCAGGAGGAGGAGUGAGACUGACAGCAGCACACUGGUCAUCUGAGGAUGCGCAGGAGCAGCGCUUAUAUCCCCGUGUCCACCGCUGCCGCUAUUCUGGUCUCUUCAUCCACUCUUUUCUUCGUCUUCACGUGUCCAUGGCUGGCUGUGAGUGUGUCUCCUGCUAUUCCACCAUGUGUCGGAGUCCUGUUCCUCUUCGUGAUGGCAAACUUUACCAUGGCCACGUUCAUGGAUGCCGGCGUGUUCCCGAGGGCUAAUGAAGACGAGGAUAAGGACGAUGACUUCCGCGCGCCGCUCUACAAGACUGCUGAAGUGCGCGGUGUACAGGUGCGCAUGAAGUGGUGCGGCUCAUGUCACUUCUACAGACCACCCAGGUGUUCACACUGCAGCGUGUGUGACCACUGUGUGGAGGACUUUGAUCAUCACUGCCCAUGGGUGAAUAACUGCAUCGGCAGACGGAACUACCGCUUCUUCUUCCUCUUCCUGCUGACUCUGAGUCUCCACAUGGUGGGUGUGUUUUCUGGAGGUCUGCUGUUUGUUCUGGAUCACCUGGAAAACCUGUGGGAGCUGCACACGGCCGUCUCACUGGCGGUCAUGAGUGUUUCUGGGCUGUUCUUCAUCCCUGUGCUGGGCUUGUCCUGUUUUCAUCUGGUGCUGGUGGCCAGAGGACGCACCACAAAUGAACAGGUCACCGGGAAGUUCCAGGGUGGAGUGAAUCCAUUCACCCGCGGCUGCUGUCAGAACCUCCAGUUCCUGCUCUUCAGCCCCGUCACACCAAGGUACACUGGGAAAGUCAGCGACAGGCUGGCGGUUUGCAUUCAGCCUCCUUUCCAUCAGCCAGAACCACACGAUCUGACCCCAGUGAAGAGUAACGAUAGCAGCGUCCAGAGCCAAACCCUGACGCUCAAGUGUCUAGAUGAAGAUGAUGAUCCAGACAGCAAGCGUCUGAGUACUCCUCCUCCACUACCUCCUAAACCAGAUCCAGUCCUGCUCAGGAAUCAUCUGGCUGUGCUGGAAGAGAGUCUGCUUCAGUCCAGAGCGCUGCUGCCCUCAGGACACACCAUGAGUCCGCUUCAGUCCUCAGAGUCGCCCACUAAAGAGCUUUAUCAGCUGACCAGAGAUCAGAUGGGGAUCAGGAUAUCUCCUCUGCUCUCUCAGGAACAUGCGUCUGAGCCCAGUCUGCUCCACUCAGACAACCACAUGUCUCUCCAGCCCAUAAACUCUCUGACGCUGAACUCCCGCUCACUGAGCCUGAAACACUCAGCCCGCCGGGGCUCACAGCGGGCAGAAACUCAGGCUCCACAAACCGUCCCUACACCCAGCGCCCUGAGCAGCCGCUCCGGGAGUCUCUCCUACGACAGUCUACUGCGUCCAGCGGGACACCAGAUGCAAUUCAGACCCACAGAUACAAAUCUGUCCUGCGGGCCAGUGCGCACCUGCAGCCCAGUGUUCCUCACAGGACAGUCCCCGCAGCACCGCGAGCCGUCCCCUGUCUGCUACGACAGCCUGCCAAAACCCGUCAUGAGCUCAAUACAGGAGCGCCGCGAGCCCGAAGACAAGCACAGCAGCACUCCGGAUGCCAGCGGGAUCUACGACGUGCCCAGCAGACGCAGCCUCCCGCAGGAUUUCCGUGGGUCUCGAGGCGCAACUCCUCCGGCAUACGGAUCCCGGGAGUUCCUGCUGAGCAGCGCGGCGUACGGGUACAGCAGCCGCUCACAUCUGUCCUCAUCGUCAUCUUCAUCUCUGACCCGCGCUACUCCUCGCACCGCUAACUCUCCGCUGCACUUUAACCGCUCGCUGUCGCCAUCUUUUUAUCAGUCUCUGGAGCGGCAGGUGUUCCCGCCAGGAUCCUCAUACGGGCCACAGAAAACACUGGCCCUCAUUAGAGGAGAACAGCAAACACAACAACAGCCCUGAAAACAUGGACAUCAGGGACACACACAGAUGGAAGAGUUGUGCUUCUAAGUCCAUUACUUAUUCUUAAUAAUAAUAAUAAUAAUAAUAAUAAUAAUAAUAAUCAGGGGUGGAUUUUGUUUCAUGGCACUGAGCCAAACAGUCCUAAUAUGCACGCUUUGACUUUAUUUAUUUAUUUAGCUGUCUUUUACUUAUACCAUUCAAUCCUUUUCUACAAUCCAAUUGAUUUUCUACAUGUGUAUCUCAAUCAGUGUUUCUGCAGGUUUAAUUUAGGUUACAUUUAAAACUUUUUAAGACAUUUUAAGAUAAUUAUGAAUGAAAUUUUAGACCCAUAAAGUGCUAAAAGCUUAGGAAUUUUUCAAAUGGCCAAGAUGGAAAAGCUUUUUAUUUGCUAUAUCAAAUAAAUAUAAUUUAAUAAUACAAAAAUACAUCAAUAAUAACAAAUAUUAAUAUUUUAGAUUUUAUUUCUUAGCUAAAUAGUUCAAAUAUUGUGUAGAAACAAGCAAGCUCUACUUGUAUCCAUACACUUUCUUUAAAACAAUUACAAAAUGAACAAAUGUUUUAAAUGUUUAUAAAACUAUAAUAAACUAAAUCUAUGCACAAUAAUCUGUCCUGGGUCGGUAUCCUCAGCAGUAAACAGAUGGAGAACUUUUAAACAAAUGUUACUGUAAGGAAAAUAAAUAACCAUAAAGAUAAAUAGAGUUAAAAUUACCCUUUUAAAUAAAAAGUGAAAAGUUUUAUUGAGAUUAUAAAACUUUUAUAAAAAUAUUUCAGUAAAUUUAAGACUUUUAAAAUUUUGGAUUUUGAGAUUUAAGACAUUUUAAGACUUUUUAAGACCUUGCAGAAGGGAAGUUUCAUAAACAAGUUUCGAGAGGAACACGUGAUAUGAUCAACUUCAGCUGAUCCUCAUCACUAAUCAUUAGCUAGCCUAUCGGAGCACUCCAAAACUACUAUAUAUAUUCUAGCUAAACUUCAUUCCCUAUCUCUGUUUUCGGAA